CAUAUGUUUUUUAUUUUCAUGAGUUUUGCUUUUGUGCCGAUUUAAUUGAACAAAUAAUUAUAAAUUAAAAUAUUUCUGAAAAUGGGUAAUGUCAGGUCUAUGUUAUCGCGCAGAAUAAAUCGAUUUAAUGUAGAAAAUCGAGCACACAGGUUUUUAGACCGAGAAAAAACGGCUGCGGCACCAAAAUUUGAAUCUAAUAUCAAAGACAUGCAACGUGCAUUGGAACUCGAUCCAAAUCUUAAGCUUAAGUUAGAAAGCAAGGACUCGGCAUUGGACGAACGCUUGAAAAGGGUUUAUGUAACAUCCGAAGAUAAAUUUGUUGAGUAUCCUAUAACACGAACUUUUAAUCCAGAUAGACCAUUACCAUUAGACAGAACAACGCCGGAAUUUUCAGAAUAUGGACAUGUAAUGCCAAGAGAAGUUGCGCGGGGACGUUGCACAUUAAAACAGGCAAUUGAUUUUAUUACGGAUCAUAAUAGUGAGCCAGAAGUCUGGACUAAACAACGAAUUGCUCAGCAGUACAAAAUGAAGGAACCUCUUAUUGAUGACAUACUUACAUAUUUUAAAUCAUUCAAUGUUCACAUACCGGAAAAUACGCGGGAUAAACAUUUAACACAAGCGCAAAUUAAACAAAUAGACGCAAAGGAUUCAAAUUCAACAAAGUAAACGGUUUUUCUUUUAUUUAUCAAAAAUCUUACACGGUUGGUGAUUCAAAUGAGAAAAUGCUUAUUUAAUGAAAAAUAAAAAAUUUUAAACUUUA